AUCCUCUCCAGUCUUCAGAGUUGGACGACAUCCUGAACGACCUUCAGAGCGCCGGGCCUCCUCUCUUCACAGACCAGCGGCCCGUCUCUCAGACCAGUCCGAUGGACAAGCAGAACAUCAUCAACGACAUCCUGCAGAUGUCCGACGGCGGCGCCGCCCUCCAGCAGCACCGGAGCAUCAGCAUGAACCCCAAUUUCACCGGGGUGCGUCCAGUUCAGCCGGGUCGGGGUCUGCCUGUGAGGAGUGUGUCUCUGGAUAUGAACGUGUCCCCCCAGCAGGGAUCACUUCAGUAUCCAAUCAGAGCCACCAGCCCAUAUACUCUCAUGCAACAACAACAUCAACAACAACAACAACAACAACAGCAGCAGCAGCAGCAGCAGCAGCACAGCAUGAUGGGUAAUCAGGCUGGGAUGGUCAAUGCAGGACUGAUGGCCCCCGGGGGUCCACGUCCCAGCAUGCAUCAGCAGCAGGAGGGUUGGGGGGGGUCCUCAGCCUCGGCCCCUCCUCUCGGAGCAUCAGGUCCCGCUCAGCAGGGGGCCCUUCAGGCCAGGAUGGCGCCCAACGGAGCCCCUCUGAGGCCCAACAGCCAGCCGGGGCCUCGACAGAUGCUCCAGGGCCCCAUGAUGCCCAAUGCCCAGUCUGAUAUGGACAUUGGGAUGGUCUCUCAUCACUUCUCCCAGCAGCAGGCCCCCCCCAACACCACGGCCCCCUGGCCCGACAGCAUGAUGCCCAUCGACCAGACCGCCUUCGUUAACCAGGCCAGGCCGGUGCACGCGGCCCCCCAGGAGGACCUGCUGUUGGGAGGGGGGGGGCACAGCUCUGGGGAGGGGGUCCCUGUGGACGAGGGGGUCCUCAUGUCUCAGCUCUACACCGCCCUCAAAGACUUCGAUGGGCUGGAGGAGAUCGACCGGGCGCUGGGGAUCCCGUCUCUGGUAGAACAAAACCAGUCCCUGGAGCAGGAUCAGUUCCAGCAGGACUCCAUGCUGAUGGACCAGAAGCCCCCCAUGUACUCCCAGCAGUUUGCAGCCCCUCCCUCUCACCUCUCUCAGAGGGGGGGGUACCCCCUGCAGGACCAGGGCUUCCACCCCCUGGGGGGUCCCAUGGGCCCCCGCCCCGGGUACCCCAUGAUGAGGAUGCAGACCAGACCGGGACUCAGGCCUGGGGGGGGCGUUCCAAACCAGCCAAACGCUCUGAGGCUGCAGCUGCAACACCGACUUCAGUCCCAGCAG